GUCUACUGUAAAGUGAUCAAUCAAUGCCUAGAAAAUUUUAGGAUUUCUUAGCAUGAAGCUUCGCACCUAACUGGAAUAUACAGUACCUUGAUCGCCUUACUAAAUCGUUAUGUGAGGAAAAAAAUUAAUAGAAAUGUACCAUUGAUCAUUUUAAGCAUUGCACUGUACUGUAGAGUGAUCUAUCAAUGCCUAACAGAAAGGAUUCCUCAGCAUAAAGCUUCGCACCUAACUGGCAUAUACCUUGAUCACUUACUAUGUACAUGUACGUGCAGCAGCCAAACAUUCUAUUAAACAUUUGUGGAACAAUAAAGAAACUUGAAAUAUAUUAUUGGAACUGAUUUGCAUUUGAGGUCAAAAGAUGCAGCUGAGUAAACAAAAUUCUCUUUCUUCAACGAUGUCCAUGGAAACUCACAAAAGUUGCUGAUCUAUUUAUCACUUAAGUUUAAACUGUUAUCUGCAAAACUUGUUUGAUUCCAACAUAGACUGAAAUGAUUACCCGGCCUUCCUUUCAGGAAGAGACGGUUAUAGUUCUGGCCUGGGUUUUUCCUUCGUCGUCGAAUCGCCCUCUGCUCUUUAAAGCGCAUGCCUGUACUGGCGGAAUACCACGUGAUCGAUUUCCGGCAAUUUCAUUGGCUUAGAGGCAAAAUCUCUUUGACAUGUCGAGAACAACAGGCAGUUUUUUGUCAGUCGGUAGCGUUAACGUUGUGGUUUUGUUGCCUCUAUGAGAGAUCGACAAUUAUGUUGGUCGAAAUGUUUAGUGAUAUUUUUUGCAGCGCUGUCAACCUCCCACGUCUUCAAAUAUUGAGAGUUGAUGGGGGAAGGAUGAUAAAUGACGUCAUAAUGCACACGGCACAUGACGUCAGUUGUGAAAAAAACGCGCGAAAAAGAUGUUUUUGGAAUUGUAACAUUUGACCUACUUGGCUUACUUCCCACCAAUCACAUUAUUGCUUAUAUUACAAUGGCAUACCGGAGUUUGUGAGGAAACGUUUGAUGUUAAAAGUAACAUAGCUCAAACAAGGCAAAGUAUUUGAAAUUUCAUUGUCAGAAAGUCGAUUCUUCAAGAAAUGGCAAACGUCGGCGAUUGUCCGGGAGAUUUCAGACUCUAAUCUAGAGACCGGGAGAAACGGUUCAAAAUCUGAAGUCUCCCCGAUUAUGCGGGUGAAUUGACAGCCCUGGUGUUGUCUAGAGGAUAAUGCAUCCCGGAACUGUCAGACAAACACAGUGGCUCAAUCCGCUUAAUCGAGAUCGGCGUUGCGAUCGCUGGUUGCGAGAAGAAGACAUGUUAAAAAGGUGGGUAAUUUUCACUUUUUAUGUUUAGUGAAAGUCAAGAGAAUUUAUAUAGCAGUCGAAGAAACACUAGUGGGCUUUGUUUUGGCGAGUAAUUAAGCGUGUACCGAGGUGCAAGGAAGAAGCAGUUUUGUAAAACGUGUGGACCGUUUUUGUGCUAAAUUUUACAACUUGACUGUUCGAUCUGUACAAAACACGUCCACACACGUCACUGUUUUUAUGCUUUAUAGCUUUUAUCUCAAAGCAGUAAGACACAUUAGAAAACGUAAAAGCAGCGAAAUUGCUCUGAUUUAGUAAUAUAGCAAAGUUUGCACCUAGUUGCAGAAAAGUGGCAAUAAAUUACCGUUUCGGUGCAUUAUUAAAGUUCUCAUUCAUGAAAACAAACAAAUCUGACUGCUCAUCGCAGAAGUUUGUGCUUGGUCCAAGUCUCGUGCUUCCCGACUGUGUCGGUAUAAAAACGGAAACUUACUAUAUCGAGUGAAAGAAAUAUUCUUUGACUUUUUUUUUGGCAUAUUAUGGAUUAACUUGUUUCGAGCUCGCACGGAAGCGGCAGGUUUGUAAAGCACGUAGCGUUGUUGAUGCUAAAAUUCGACAUGAUUUUGAUCGAUCAAACAACAUCUCAUUGUUAAAUUAAGGGUCUGUUAUUAAGGAGAGAGGGUUACCCUUGUGCUAGGCUUACCCUAACAAGCGGGUUAAAGUCAGCUCUGGUUUACAAGCAAUUUUCCCAGGUGGGGUUAUCCUAUCACCCGGGUCAACUUUAAUACCAGCUUUUCUGACGUGUUUCGUCAUGCGUAACAUUCUUUGUAACGGUCCAAAAUUUGAAAUAAUCUUCAAGCUCUCCAUGGAAAACGCGUGAAAUUCACGAAAAACAGGGAAAAUAUUAUCACCAUAGACAGAACAAAUUUUUGCAUUUUUCAGAUGUUUAUAAUUAAGCUCAGAAAUUGGAUAAUACCGUUCAAAUUGCCACGAUUACUGGUCACGCAUGACGGCGGCAAGUUGACCCGGUAGGCGAGUUAUCCCUAGCUGAGCGUUUACGAGGCAGGUAGGGUAACCCUCUUGCUAGGAACCCUACCUGCCUUGUAAACACGUCGCGUGAAAAAAGAAGAAAUAUGCGAGUGCCAGGGUAACCCUGGCACCAGGGUUACUCUCCCUCCUUGUAAACAGAGCCUAAAUCAAAGAUCUCAUGUAAGCUUAUAGCUCUUUAAAAAAUGGGCGAUUGCCUGCUAUCGAAUUUCGAUCUUGCAAAACUCCAUUUUGAUCGAUCCGACAUUAUUAGAAAUUUCAAAAUUAUCUAUGCUAGAAAUUUUCUUCUUUGCUGUGUUCAGCCAGGCCAGUCCCUAGGCGUUCUCUCUUGCCCCGUUGUCCGCGCGAAGUCUGGGAAAGAGCGGGCGAGAGAAGUUCUCGGCGUGUAUCUCUCGGUGACGUCAUAGCUCACGAUAGAGUCCAGGAUUGACCGAGCAGAGAACGCCGAGGGACUAGGCUGUUGUUGAGCUACUGUGCAUUCAAACUUGCAAUUAAAAGAAUUGACAAAUCGAUCAUAAUAUUCUGUUCUUAAAUUGGUUUCGGGAUUACUCUCAACGAGGUACACAGUAUAGGUUUGGGUUUUCUGUGGUUACUUCUUUGCUUGUUGUUGAAUCAAUAACAAGGUAAUGAAAUAUUGACAUAUCCUUUAUUUAUUUCCUUUUUUUUUUCAGAGAAGAUGAAUUUGAUCCGAAAUCAAACGAUAAGUACAGCAACACUUUUCGAAGUUUUCUGAUGAUGAAUUAACUAACAGAAGACGCUGGUAGUUUGUCUUUGAAGUACCUGUAUCAGAGGGACACCAAUAUGAAUAAAGAUCUUACUCAUGGGAAGAUCUGGGUUUUUUACUCCUUUGUAGUAAUUUAGCAUGUACAAUAAUCACUUCAGCAACCAAAGCAAAUUUAAAAUCCUUACAUAAUUAUUCCAACCAUCAUGUUCUCUUCCUCUCCAUAUUUAACAAUUGAUGAAUUCGGCUUUCGUAUCUUAUGAAGGAUUAUGGAGAUCGAGGAGGGUGUUAUCGGCCGAGGCGGAUAACACCCUCCCAGAUCUCCAUAAUUCUUCGUAUGAUACGAAAGCCGAACUCAAUGAUUGUUUUUUUAUUCAUUCAAAAUAAUUCCUAGUUUAAAAACAUGCUUACCUCCAUCGAUCCAUCGAUGUUAAGUUCAUCUUCGAUAGUGCACGUUUAGGGUUGUUCAGCUCCGCAAAUAUUCUCCAAAUAGCAGAUAUCGCCGUUCGAGUUGUCUUUUUGCUGUUCUUGCCAUGUUUUUAGCUAUUUUUCCGCCUAGCUCUUACUCUUGAAACCUGUUGAAACGAGUGAAAUGUCCGCCAUUUUUCAACUUCCCAACCAAAACAACUCAACCUCGUCCCCAGGUCUUCUCGGUUAACGGUGCAUUAACCUGCAAGAACGCUGCAUUUUUGAAGUCAUUUAAUCGCUAAACACAAAAUUCUUCCAAAUUUGGUCAUCAGUAACCGGUUAUGGUGAAUUAAACGUGUGCUUUAGCCAAUCAGAAUCGAGCGAGUAUUUUGAAUGAAUAAUAAAGGGUUUUCAAAGUUUUUUUCCCUCAAAAUAUUAGUUUAAUACCUAAGAUUGUGACUGACGCUCAUGCUAAUUUAAAGAAAAAGAAAAGUACUGCAACACUACUUUGAAUCAUUAUGCAGUCAUGGUCAAUUACACCCCUUUGGAACGUUCGAGUCUUUCCAGUCUGAUUUGCUAGCUGGUAGUAUGUUCCAUUUAUUCAUCAUCAAUUCAUCAUCAAAGUUCAUAUGGGCUGUAGUGCAUUAUCACAUAGUGCACAUUUUCCCCCGACGCUCUAUCAUUUUAUGAACUAAAAGAAGGCCGGGUUCACGCACUCGUGCGUCUUGUUGUAUAUAAAAAUUCAUUCUAUCAGUUUUAAUGUAGCACUGCACAUGACAAACCUUUCAAACGGCGAUGCAAUUCUUCGAUCCUUUACGAAACAAAUGAGACAAAACAUGGUAAUUAUCUUGAUAAGAAUCUUCUAUCCACGAUCUAUCUCUCGCUUGGAGUAAAAUCGCCGAGUAUAGUGAAAACUGAAAUUCGCUUAAAAUAUUGAGCUUCCGUUGACUUGACCGUUGAAUUGAAUGGAAGCCCGCCUAAACAUUUCAAACGUGCCCGCGCAGAUUGGUAGUGUGCAAGGAUUUAUGGGAGUGACGUGUAUAUUUUCGUUUCCAAACCCCGCGCUAUCAUUACGUCUUGGCAGGAAAGCAAAAUUACAGUAACCUAUAAAAUCUUCUUACCUGCUUUUCCUCAGCCUCUGCCUUCACUAUCCUUUUAAAUUUUAAUCUUUCCUUAAUAUCCUCAUACACUGUAACCAUAGCAUUAUCAUCUCCAUGAUGGGCUCCUUUCUCCCUCUAGAAAAUCAUCUAUAUUAAAAUGGACAGAUUCAGAACAACGAUCUUUGGUCCAAUAUGCGCCAUUUAAGAAAUCGUUGUGACUCAAGACGACUUACCUGAGGGCUCUUUCCACCGUUGCUUGUGUAAACUUGUUUGCCUCUAGCCAUGUCUUAACUUGCUCUUUCGAACUACAAACCCUUUAUUGAAGCUCUCAAUGAUAAAGAUAAAGCGGCCCGUACUCAGUGAUUAGGAACUGAUGCUUCCGAUUAGACACUGAUUAGAUUAACAUAUAUUCUUCAAAUCGGUGUUGGUUCUAGUGGUCGGGCCAUUUUGCGUUGUCAUGGGGUCUAAACAGCUCUAUUAGUAUAAGCCAAGUCAGUCCUGAAUCGGGGCCAACUAGACUAAAACCCGAAAUGUCUCAAGUUUUUUAGUAGAAAUGGCUCUAGUGAAAGGGACCGACAUACAUCACAUGGCUGAAACAAUUUCUCCUGUUGUUCAAAACGGUUUUCGAUGGGGCGGCAAUGGUCUUUAUUGGGUUCGAUUUAGACCAAAUUGACAAAAUGGCGCCACGAAAGGUCAAAUUAGCUCCAGGGGCUAUAGAGCUGAAUCAGCACUUUGGGGCUGAAACAGACCUUUUGGAUUUACAGUGUGCAUAAUGAUUAUACUAUACCGGUAACUUUAAACAGGUAAAUGUUUAAAAUACAGUUAUUGUUUGCCUCAUAUUAUUGUAGUCGCUUUAGGUAUUGGUCGCGGCGUUUCGAAUGCCUUCUUUUUGUGUCCGCCAGGUUCUGAGGUCGAAUGAUUACAUAAAGCCUCUUUUGUCACAAUGUUCGGCUGUGUUUCCUGCGAGACGAAGAAGUUCUUUCCUCGGCGGUUCACUGCUUUUCCCUCAUCAUUGUGUGUUUCCUAACCCUGGACAUCCAGGCAUUUCAAUUCCUGAUUGUAUCUGUUAUUGUUAUCAGGGAAGCCUCAUAGACAUGUGGGUAGAUUCCUUCACCCUACUGUAGUACUAUAACAAUGGGUCGCAAUAAAUAAGAUUUACCUCGUUCUAAAGCAGAUAAUGGCUAGUCGUUCCGGCUUAAAUAGACGGUGUGAACGAUUUCCUCCGAAUGGAAAUCUAUACAGGACAGACUAAGACAGCACGAAUAGGACACCAGUAUGCGAUUCAGAUCCUUACCAAGACCUCCGACGUGGCUGAAAGCGCUCACCAAAAACGGCCGUUUAUAGAUAUUGCGCCGUCCCCACGAUCUGAACGUCUGGAAAGGCUAGUUUAUAGAACUUUUCACUCACGUGGCCAGCAUCUAUGCAAAUUUAUUGGAACAAAAGAAAGCGUUUGCAUAAGAAAAGAGUUCAACUCCCACAGGAUUUGUUUGGGACACCAAUAUGGCCGCCGUGACGUCAUGUGAAAUCUUCGUUUAGGAUAGGGUGGUAUACCGCUUAGCUCAUGUUAUACAAUAUAAUAACUUGGUCAUUACCCGUUAAUCUAUUAGAGUACAGGAGACGUUGAUGUCAUAAAGAAUAUAUUUUCAGGUCUUAUCCAGCACACUUAUGAAUAUGCCGAUGUGACAUUCGGAUUUAUGCCGAACACCGGAAGAGACACGCGAAGUCGUAUUUUUAUACUUUUAUUGCUACUUAAACUGACAAUGCUUUCACUAAUAACUCCUCGUUUAUUAUAAGCAGCGAACACUGAUUAAGGCAAAAAACGUGUUGUAAAAGGCGGCAAAACCCGUUACCUUAAAUACCAGCGAUUGUACGGUGCCGUGAUAUGUAUUUUGCACCUAGCGUGCAAACGAAGCGAAAAGAAACGUCCUUAGCGGCGAUUUCAGCCUCAAGAAAAGGCUCUAUUCGCAGGGUAAUUUGCAUUGGUUUCGAGGAUUAGAUUUCAGGUUUGUGUCAACUUCGUCUUUAAGCUUUUGCUUUUUCCAUUUUUGUUGUCAGAUGGCUUAAUUUCGAGAAGGUUGUCGAAGCUUUGAUUGCUGACAAGGUACAUUAUUUAAACCUCGAACAACUUCAAAGUAUUAUCCAGAAAGUUUGCUUCAUUGAAGACGAAGAUGAGGUCGACACUUUGUUGAAUUUCUAUCAUGACCUCGGCGUAAUUGUCAGACACCGCAACACAGUUAUACUUCGGGCUCAGUGGCUCAUUGAGGUCUUCAAACAACUUAUAACCAUUCGUUCUUUUGACGAAAUGGUAAGUGAAGCAUAUUUAAGUGUAUAAUCCCCUUCCACGGAAAACACCAUCCCACACUGCCAUAAAUUCCCUGCAUUACGAUUGCCAUUGGUUGUCAUCUUUUGAUUACAUCACACCCACUAAGACCAACUCGGCGUUUCCGUGAUGGAUUUCUUUUGUUGAUAUAUGCAGUCAUAAAACUGGCUAAAUAUUAGUGAACCCUAGCAGGGCCAAUUAAAUGUUUGCAUUUAGUAAAGCUGCAGACAACAUAACUUGCACUUAAACACAUGGCAGUUUAGUGAUUUUACAUGACAUACGAUUUGUAGCUUACCUUUACGACAAAACGUCUUAUUUAUGACGGCAAGGUUCUUAAUGUGUUUCAGCGGAAAAAUUAUUCUUAAACAAAAAACAAACAAGAACCCUACGAUAUUCCUACGCCGACCUACCUCGACCAGUGCUUCUCGUCAUCUGCUCCCAGCAGUCAUUUAAUUAUAGUUUGAGAGGUAAUAAAAAGCUUCGGAUCAUACAUUUAUUAAUACAUCAUGUUAGUACGUUAAAUUGCGUUCUGACAUGAUGUAUUGAUGAAUGUAUGAUCCGAGUCUUUUUAUUCCCUCUCAAACUAUUACGGGACUUCUACUUUCGAGGCCCUCCUCUUUAGAACUUACUUCACCACCAAAUUGUUUUCCUAAUCUAGACAGAUUGUUUUAAUGGUAUAGUUUUUUUCAACCAUGCACGUUAUUUAAAUCCUUUUAUAUUUCUUCUGUAGUAGCACCUGAGAAAAAUAUGAAGAUCCUGAGAUUGUUAAUAGGUUUGACGUACUGAAGAAUUGUCUUCUUUCGGUUUUGUUAGGAACCGAGACAUUCCGAGUUUUGGAAGGAAAUGGAGACGACAGGUGCCCUACACAUGGAGCUGGUUGAUCAUGUGUUCUCCAAGUACCGCCAGCAAGGCCUGAUUAAGGAAGAUAUCCUGAACAUGAUGGACCAGUUCGGAUUGAUCGCCAAGUUUAUCACCUCGCCAACAAAUGAAAUGUACUUUGUACCCUGUCAACUGAAGACGCCACCUGAAGCGAUUUGCGAAGUAGAGCCAUCACCGUCAGAUCCAUGUCCAUUAUACCUGAAUUUUCUGGGGAGUUUUGUUCCGCGCGGUUUCUUCUGGCAGCUUGUGUCACGAAUCACCAAAUGGUGCUCUAAGAGUGGAUUUACGCAGCCGCCGAGAUUUUUUCUUGCGGCCUCCAGGUUUGUCAUAGAGAAGAAGUCAACCCGGCAUCAGCUUAUUCUUUUGUGCAAAAAACGAUUUAUCAAGAUCGUCUUGACGCAUUCAGAGCUACUCUGUGGAGUAUCAUUUUCCGAAGCACGAGAAUUGGCGAUUCUUGUGCGAACGUUCUUGGAAGAAACAGUACAGGACCUUAGACGUGAACUCCCUUGGUUGCGCAACAUGAAGUGUGAUUUUUGUGUUGCAUGUCCUUGCUGUUUGCGGAAGGAAGAAAUGUGCUCUGAUCACAAUGUUGUUUCUUGUGACCACAAGGACUGCCUGUGCCUUCUUAAAGUUCUCGAAGAAGGGCACCCCAGCCACUGUCCAAGUAGCCUAGACCUUAAAGUACCGAAGGUUUUCGGACUGGAAAAAUGGUUUGCAGCCAAAGGUUAG